GCGGCGACGGGAACCUCUCCCGCCCCUUCCGGCCUCGCAUGGCGCCGUCUCUUCCGCUGCGGGGAGUAAUAUGGGGACAAUACACCUGUUCCGCAAAUCACAGAGAUCAUUGGUUGGAAAGUUAACGCAUGAAUUUAGGUUGGUUGCAGCAGACAGAAGGUCCUGGAAGAUUUUACUGUUUGGUGCUAUAAAUUUAAUAUGCAUUGGCUUCCUGCUCAUGUGGUGCAGCUCUACAAACAGCAUAGCUUUAACUGCUUACACAUAUUUGACAAUCUUUGACCUUUUCAGUUUGAUAACAUGUCUAAUAAGCUACUGGGUAAUGAUGAAGAAACCCAGCCCAAUCUAUUCAUUUGGGUUUGAAAGGUUUGAAGUUCUAGCUGUAUUUGCAUCUACAGUUCUGGCACAGCUUGGUGCUCUUUUUAUACUGAAAGAAAGUGCAGAGCGAUUUCUGGAGCAGCCUGAGAUACACACGGGACGACUGCUGGUUGGUACUUUCGUGGCUCUCUUUUUCAACUUAUUUACAAUGCUUUCCAUUAAGAAUAAGCCUUUUGCUUAUGUCUCUGAAGCUGCCAGCACAAGUUGGCUUCAGGAACAUGUUGCAGAUCUUAGUAGAAGUAUUUGUGGAAUCAUCCCAGGAUUGAGUAGCAUCUUUCUGCCACGGAUGAACCCUUUUGUCUUGAUUGAUAUUGCUGGAGCUCUGGCUCUUUGCAUUACAUAUAUGCUCAUUGAAAUCAACAAUUAUUUUGCUGUGGACACAGCCUCUGCUAUAGCAAUUGCUUUGAUGACAUUUGGUACCAUGUAUCCCAUGAGUGUCUACAGUGGGAAAGUACUACUCCAGACAACCCCACCUCAUGUGAUUGGCCAGUUAGAUAAACUUCUUAGAGAGGUUUCAACUUUGGAUGGUGUGUUGGAAGUUCGAAAUGAGCAUUUCUGGACAUUAGGUUUUGGCACUUUGGCUGGAUCAGUCCAUGUCCGAAUACGGAGAGAUGCAAAUGAGCAAAUGGUCCUUGCCCAUGUCACUAACAGAUUAUACACAUUGGUCUCUACCUUGACUGUUCAGAUUUUCAAAGAUGACUGGAUCAGACCUACCUUAUCAUCUGUGCCUAUUGCAAACAACAUUCUGAACCUUUCGGAUCAUCACGUUAUUCCAAUGCCAUCUUUGAAAGCUGCUGACAAUUUGAACCCUGUUACCUCCACUCCAGCUAAGCCCAGCAGCCCACCACCAGAAUUUUCUUUUAACACACCAGGCAAAAAUGUGAGUCCAGUCAUCCUUCUAAAUACUCAGACAAAGCCCUAUGGAUUGGGCUUUAAUCAUGGAUCUGCACCCUACAGCAGUGUACUCAGUCAAGGACUUGGAAUUCCAGGAAUUGGAGCAGCUCAAGGAUUCAGAACUGGUUUUGCAAAUGUCCCAGGCAGAUAUGGAACAAAUGCUCGUGGUCAGCCCCGACCAUAAUAAACACCAUUAUUUAUUAUACUUAAGGGUAUUGACUUAAUUCUUUUAUUACCCAAUUUUUAUAAACAUUUGGAAUGUCACAUCAUUCUGAAUGGCUGGGAACAAGUGCAUUGUUCAUAUUCAUGAAGUGGUUAAAAAGCAGUUUUUUCCUUCUCAUCAGCAGUAGCCUGUGUAAUGCUACAGAUAUUUUGCAGAUUUACAGUAUGUUACAAGUAGUUUUUAUAGGGUGUCUGUUUCUACUCAUCUUUUUUAUCCACUUUUCUUCAUUUAUCCAAGAAUGUAUUGAGAUGCAGCACAACUCCAUAAGAGAACAAAAUUGUGACCAGGUAGCAUUUUUUUUCCUACUGAGAAUUACUGGAUGCUAAAUAGCUGAGAGAAUAGGAAAUGGCAGACAUACAAGUCCCAAUUUUCAGACAUGUUUGAUUGCUGUAUUAAGCCAUGUUUGGGCCAAAUCACAAUCAGUUUUUGGUUGCAAAAAUCCAUCAAUAUUCAUGUUGUGGCAAUUGUGAAGGCAAUCUGGCAUUUCAGAUUGUAAUUGAUUUUGUGAGACUGUGUUUUUACAUUUUUAUUGAUGCUUUUAUAGAAAUUCAAAUGGUUCAGCAACCAUUUUCUAGUUGUAAGUAUUCCAUACUCAUCUCUGAUAUUUCUUACUUUUUGGUUUAACUGCAAAAUUAUUUAGCAAUAUACUGGGAAAUAAAAUACUUAAAACU